CGUGACCGCGCUCAGAUCCUCUGACACAGCUCUACUUGUUGUUCUCUGGGAAACAUGACGCAGAGUUUCAUGGCUUAUCUGGGACUUCUGUCGCUCCUUUUUACCUGCCUUUCUUGCUCCUUGACGAUGCAGUAUGAGGAAGACUACGAAGAUGUGACUGUGAAGCAAAUGCUUGCUCCUAAAUCCCAAGAAACGGACGCCACGGAAAUACUCAACAAUUUACUAAAGGAGUAUGAUAAGAAGCUGAGACCGGAUAUUGGAGUCAAACCAACUGUCAUAGAUGUGGACAUAUUCGUGAACAGCAUCGGACCAGUGUCUUCAAUCAAAAUGGAGUACCAAAUUGACAUCAUUUUCGCCCAGACAUGGACAGACAGCCGCCUCAGAUAUAACAGCACAAUGAAAAUACUGACCUUAAACAGCAACAUGGUUGGACUUAUCUGGCUGCCGGACACCAUCUUUAGAAAUUCCAAGACUGCAGAUUCUCAUUGGAUUACUAUGCCUAACCAGCUGCUCAGGAUAUGGAACGAUGGGAAAAUACUCUACACCUUAAGGUUGACUAUAAAUGCUGAGUGCCAGUUGCAACUACACAACUUCCCAAUGGAUGAACACUCGUGCCCGCUCAUCUUCUCCAGCUACGGAUACUCACAAGAUGAAAUGAUAUACAAGUGGAGAAAGAACUCUGUGGAGGCGGCUGACCAGAAAUCCUGGCGUCUGUACCAGUUUGAUUUCACGGGCCUGAGAAACACCACAGACAUAAUAAAGACGACAGCAGGUGACUACGUAGUGAUGACUGUGUAUUUUGACUUGAGCAGAAGAAUGGGCUACUUUACCAUCCAGACUUACAUUCCCUGUAUACUCACCGUGGUUCUCUCCUGGGUGUCCUUCUGGAUAAAAAAGGACGCCACUCCAGCCAGAACAGCUUUAGGAAUAACCACAGUCCUUACUAUGACCACACUUAGUAGUGUGGCCAGGACAUCCUUACCCAGAGUGUCUUAUGUCACCGCCAUGGACCUUUUUGUCACCGUUUGCUUCCUCUUUGUCUUCGCUGCCUUGAUGGAGUAUGCAACGUUGAACUACUACUCCUACAGCAUUCAACGACCCAGCUGCAUGGAAGCUAAAAGGCUGAACUUCUCUAUCCUGGACGUGAGACCUCCUCCUCACACCGUCAUCGCUUUGAACAACUCGAUGUACUGGCAGGAGUAUGAGGACCCCUGUGUCUAUGAAUGUCUGGACGGGAAGGACUGCCAGAGUUUCUUUUGCUGCUUCGAAGAAUGUAAAGAAGGCACAUGGAGAAAAGGAAGAGUCCACAUAGAUCUACUUGAACUAGAUGCAUACUCGCGUGUUUUCUUCCCCACUUCCUUCCUGCUGUUCAACAUUGUAUACUGGGUAGGCUAUCUCUACCUUUAGUGCAGUAUGUACAGCAGAUUUGGAAUCAAAAGUCAGAAAGUUGGCAUAGUCUUGAUGUAAGGUACAGUAACAGCAAAUAAGCUCGUCCCCAUGGUAGCUGAACAUCAAGCAGGCAGAGAUAACUGCUGUGGCGAGUUUAGGCGUGACAAUACACAGCAGAGUUUUUCUUUUGUCCGCGGUACUCAGCUGUGUAAACUCAGAAAGGACUGUGAGGACAAACAAGCAGUGUGCCGCGCACUGGGACUCCAGACUGCUCAGGCAGUAAGACGGCUUAUGUUGUAGGAGAACUGUUAUCCAGCCAUCAGUCAAAUCUAACUGAUGAAAAUCCAAGGACAUUCAAACAAUUCCUAGUGCCUUCAUUAGGAGGGGUAGAUACUAUCCGUAACAAUAAUCAGGGAAUCUCAUUUAUAGAUUAGAACAGAAGAGCCUGGCUUUGACUGAUUAUUAUUUAGAGCAUAGAGCUACAUCUAGAUAGUGUCCACAGGUCGGGAUAAACAACCUUUUUGUUUGCAUACCUCCAUCAGUACUUUCAGCUUUGUUAGGCUGUUACAAAAAAACAAUUGUUUUAAAAUCAGUUAUUUGGUUUAAAGUCCUUGUAUUGAGAUUGUUGAGAAAAUGUUGAAGCAACCAGUUUUUUCCAGCUGUGUGAAGCAUAGAAUAAAACGGCACUCCCCCUCCUCCAUCUAUUUCUACACACUGCAGAUUGAAACAAGGUUUCUACAGUUGUUUUUCCUGCUUAGACUUAGAUAUAAGUUGUAUGCAUAGCGUAUACAAAACGGAAUUUCGUUUUUGUACAGCUUUCAUGAUAUUUCUAUUUCUUAA